AUAGGUAUACCAGUAAGGAACGAAUAUCUAUAUACGCUUAGUUUUGCUGACGACCAAAUAGUGAUCGCACGAGGAUGAUCUCAGUUUUAUGAUGAGAAAACUGGAGAAGUAAUAUACAAAGAAUGGGAUGGAAAUAAACCUAAAGAAAACUGAAUACCUAAUAACGGAGAAUACAAAAAUAAAACAGCUGGAAAUAGAAGAAGGUAAACAAAUCAAAGGUACAAACAAGUAUCAGUAUUUAGGUUUCAUAAUAUUAAACAAAAGAACAACGGAGGAAGAUAUAAAAAAUAGACCAGGACAAACAAGAGACUGCAUACGAAAAUUGAACCCGGUACUAUGGGAUAAGAACAUCAGCAUGAAAACAAAGAAAAAAAUAUAUAAUACCAUGACAAGAAGUAUCCUCACUUAUGGGUGUGAAAAUUGGACAAUAAAUAAGAAAACCAAAAACAAAAUAAGAGCAACAGAGAUGGAAUUCCUAAGGAGAAGCUGCAGACUAACAAGAAGAGAUAGAAUAAAUAACAUGGGGAUUAAGAGGAGAAUGGGAAUAAACUCCGACAUAAUAGACUACAUCGAACAGAAGAGGAUAACCUGGUACGGACAUGUCAGAAGAGCAGACCAAAAUCGGUGGAUAAAAUAGAAUAAGAGAGUGGAGCCCGAUAGGAAGAAGAAAGAUAGGCAGACCCCGAAGAUCUUUCAGAGAUGAAGUGGACGAAGCAAUGAGAAGAAGAAACCUACAGGAAGGGGACUGGCUAAACAGGAAAAUUUGGAGAAAACGGUUGAGUGAAGGAAUACAGUGAAAACUGUGGAAAACCUUAUAUAUAUAUAUAUAUAUAUAUAUAUAUAUAUAUAUAUAUAUAUAUAUAUAUAUUAUAAUAAAAUAUAAUA